UAAAGUUACUACCUACAGAACUUUGCGAUAUUUAAUACGUAUUUAACAUAUUAAUGCAAUUCUUGAAUUAACAUUAGGUAUCUUUUGCCUAUUUAUAAUAGCAACACUGUAAUACUCGUUUAAGACAUGAGUGACAGUUUUUUAUGUCAAAUAAGUUUUGCAGUAAAAUUUGUUUUGAAUUCGAUUAGAAAACCUGUAAACUUUCUUUCUGUUUUUUUUAUACCGGUGCCUGUGUAUUUACCUAUUUGCACUUUGUUUUGUGCUGAUAACUUGUCGUUAUUUGUAGUUUGGAAUCUUCCGUUGAGUCGAGCUUUGUUCUUCCGGAUAUUCGUGUGAUUUUAUCAUCUGAGAUUGGACUCUGACUGUGUUCACUGUGUUGUGCAGAUAUUUUUUAGAUAGGACUCCUGUAAAAAGUACCUGAUUAUUUGAGAUAGGAGUCCCAAGUUUGUGUUUGUUUUUGUGAAAGACAGUUUUACAACGAAAGUGCCACGAUGUCUUCAGAUAAACAUUGUUGCGUUCCUGGUUGUAAAGGCAGUGGAGGUAAAAGUGAGUGAAGUGAAGUGUCAGUGAAGUGAUGUCGAAGUGACGCGAUGGAGUCGAGCGCGUUGCCUUUGGAGGUGGACGAGGAGGGUCGUCCGCCGCAGGGCUCGUCCACGGGCAGCGGUUCCUCGUCCGGAACAGGGUAUUACGGACAUAAAAAUGGUGAAUGGCGCGGCGAGAGGAGAAUGUUGGAUAUCACAAGAGACAAACCUGUCAAAGUGUGCGUCAGAGUCGUGGUGCCAGUGAGAGAUCAUCCUAAAUUCAAUUUCGUGGGCAAACUCCUCGGGCCCAAAGGGAACUCCCUGAAACGGCUACAGGAAGACACCAUGUGCAAAAUGGCGGUGUUAGGAAGAGGGUCCAUGAAGGAUCGGCAAAAGGAGGAGGAACUCCGCGUGUCAGGUGAUCCGAAGUUCGCUCACCUCUCAGACGAACUGCACGUGGAGAUCAGCGCUUUCGCCACCCCGGCGGAGGCCCACGCCAGGAUCGCGUACGCCCUGGCUGAGUUGAGGAGGUUCUUAGUGCCGGACUACAAUGACGACAUCAGACAAGAACAAAUGCUGGAAAUGCAGAUCCUGUCAUCUCAGACUGAACAGAGGAGGCUGACACCCCCCGACUCAUCGAGGAGUGGGAGCGAGGAGGCUUUACCUAUGAGGGACACUCAGAAACACAGGUUACCAGGUGUUCAGCCGUCUCCAGCGCCUGCCAUUCCAGGCGGUAUGACCAUUAGCCACGGCAACGCCAGGGACUUCUCCCCUCCCGCGCCCACCCCAGCACCGGACCACCUCGCCGCUCAUCAUCAGUUGGCAGCAGGGCACACCGGCAUGCUGGUUGGGGGAGGAGUCCUACAACAGCCACCACAUCACAUACUGACACAGAAUUCCAUACUGGGUGGCGGGGAUCUUCUCGGGCUCGGAAGCCCAGUUUUGGGCGGUGUUCUUCAUGCGCACCCAGCACUGCGCGGCGUCAAGCCAGCCACUGUGCACGCGUUAGCGACGCAAGGUGCGGCUGGGGCGGCGGCUGCGAGCGCGGCCCGCAAGCGCCCUCUGCUGGGCGGCGCGCGGGCCGCCAUGUCGCCGACUAAGCGCGCCGUGAUGACCCUACUGGCCAGGGCCAGGGCUGCCACGCACAAACACGCGCCGGCCUGGACCGCGCCGCACGAACACGCAGCCCUACUGCCUCUGAUCCGGGACGAAUUUGUCACAGGGGUGGGAGUUAACAUCAACUUAGCGUAACUUCACCAGAACUCGAUAUAUACAGGGUGUUACUACUAGACUACCUGUCGUCGUCAAACAAUUCAUAUUUCAACUUAUAUAAAUGCAUUCAUAUUUCAACUUAUAUAAAUGCGAAAGAUGUAUGCAGAGAUCGUGGCAAGAGGAAAGAGGUAGUCUCUGCCUACCCCUCCGGGAAAGAGGCGUGAUUUUAUGUAUGUAUGUAUGUAUAAAUGCGAAAGUAAGUUUAUUUGUUCGUUUGUUUUGUUUCACGCGUUAUUUAAUGAACCAAUCUGAUUGAUAUUUUUCGUAUACAUAAUAUUUAUGAGUCUGGAAAAGAAAGGUCAUAGAUUACUAUUCAUCCCGGUAUAAUCUAUAAUUCUUGUGGAUAUGCAAAAUAAAAUUUUUAUUCUUUAGCUAUCAAUUUUCUAUUUUUUUGUUUUCCAAAAAGAUAUAUGUGAAAAAUAUUUGACAACGAAUAGUUUAAAAAUGUUAUGACGUCGAACUAAGUCGAAUAAAAUCUGUUGAAACGAUUUAAAAAGUAGAACACCCUGUAUAACGUAAAGUCUAGUCGAUUGAAUCAAUAAUAUACCAAAAGUAGUUGUUAAGUAGAAUUUAUAAUUUUAUUUGUACCUGCGUAUUUUCUAAUAUAUUUUAGUUAAUAUCUUUUUCAUUCAUAGAAACCUACGGAUUUCUGUGAUUUUGUCAUUAAUUAUACAGUUAUUUAUAAAUUUAUAAGGGUAGAAAUUUUUACUCGCCAAAAUAAGUUUCCAAUUUGAAAGAAAUAAAAAUAUACACAUAUAUAUGUAUAUGUGGGAUUACUUAGUUGAAUUGAUAGCAAACAAAUAUUUGUUUUUUUUUUCUUAAUAGGCUUUACAACUUACAAACAUUAAUGUCCUUUUGACAUUUUACAUCAUCUUUUUUCUAAAAUAAAAGUUGCCAGUACUAACAAUAAUUUAAAAUAACGAAAAAGACUUCUAUAACAAAUGUUCACAACCCACAUUUACAAAAAUUUACAAUCAAGCCAAUAAAAAUUAUAUAUAUUUUUUAAUACACGAGAAAUCGACUAGGCUUUGCUUAUUGCGAUUUCUCAUGUGUUAAAAAAUAUUUAAUAUUCAUUCAUUCAUUCAUAUAGUCACGUCUAUGUCCCCUGCGGGGUAGACGGAGCCAACAGUCUUGAAAAGACUGAAAGGCCACGUUUAGCUGUUUAGCUUAAUGAUAGAAUUGAGAUUCAAAUAGCGACAGGUUGCUAGCCCGUCGCCUAAAAUAAUAAUCCCAAGUUUAUAAGCCUAUCCCUUAGUCACCUCUUACGACAUCCAUGGGAAAUGAGAUGGAGUGGUCUUAUUCUUUUUUUUAUAUCGGUGCCGGGAACCACACGGCACUUUUAAAUAUUUAUAAUGAUAUUUCAACUAGCUAUUUACCAUAGUUUCGCUCCUACGGGAAUCACGGAAAAUAAAUUAUUUAUUGAAAUUAUAUUUUAUUUAUAAACAAAUAGGAUAAUUAAAUGUAUAUUUUAACAGUUUUUCUUUUAUGUAUCGAUAUCAACAAUUAGAUAGGCAAAUUUCUGUGAAAUCUCUGUUCAUAAUUAAGGGAUAUGAUUACCAAAUCAGAGCGUACAAGCAUGAAUACAUUGUUAACUCAAUAUGAGAAGGGUCGUAUCUAGGAACCAUUGUGGAUUUCAACAAUUUCAAAAUGAGGUUUUUGAAAGAAAAGUUUGUUCGUUUGUUUGUAAACUCUUUAUUACAUACAUAUUAUCACGUCUUUAUCCCUUGUAGUAGACAGAGCCAACAGUCUUAAAAAUACUGAUAAGCCUCGUUCAGCUGUUUGGCUUGAUAGAAUUGAGAUUCAAAAUGUGACAGGUUGCUAGCCCAUCGCCUAAAAAUGGAAUCCCAAGUUUAUGAGUUUAUUAUCCCUUAGUCGCCUUUUACGACACACAUAGGAAAGAUGCGAGUGGGUCUAUACUUCUUUGUAUGGGUGCCUGGAACCAAACGGCACUCUUUAAUGCACAUAAAAACUGACAGGACACAUUCAGCUUUUUGGCUCAAUGCACUUUAGGCUCCUCUUUAGACAAGUGAGGAUGUUCUAUUGUGUGUGUGUGUGUGUGUAUGACCAGAGAUCGGAAUAGGUAGAUUGAUUUUAUGUACUUGCAUCAUGAAUUACCAUAGAAAUCAUAACAUGGAUAAGCCUCUUAUCCGUGAUUCCAUUUCAGUACGUAAGUACUGAAAUGUUUACUGUAAGUGUAAACUUACAGUAAACUACAUUGUCCGCGGGUAACAUAGGACUACAAUUUACGUGAACGAAGUCGGGGGAAAACAGCUACCACUAAUAUAUUCUUCAUCUCACUUGUAAAAAUUCCGGAAAAUAUCUAAAUAAUUUACCAAUCCCGCAAUCCCGGACGGAGGCAUGUCCAUAUUAAAUAUAUACGUUUCAGUUCAUUGACCUCAAUUCAAUGUACCUAUUCCGAUCUUUAAUAAUGACCGUCAUGAACCUACCUUGAAGCCUAGCUACGUCCCUGUAUUUAUAUUUGUACAAACGCGCGCGUUCCGUUACAAUUUGCAUCCAGCCGUGAUGAGGAGUUGAUUAGUGUGAUAAUUGUACACGCGUUUGUAGGUACAAGCUGCGGAAUUGUACGCGGUAUUAUGGACAAAGGCCAUCACCCGUAUAUAUUUCUUUUUAAUAGGGUGUUCCUACACAUAAGGAAAAAAGCCGCGGCCAUUCCGAUUCGGCGAUUCCGCCGGGAGCGAUGAUUCGGCUCUACCGCCACCAAAGGGAAGAUCUUCCGCCAGGCUAGGUGUCAUGCCUGGGGAACCGCGCGACAGACGAUGUUGUGUCGGAGGUUGUAUAUAUAUAUAGCUCCAAUCCGUGAAAUCUUUGAAAUCGCAAUUUAGAUUCUUCGCUGCUAUUGGUUGAGCGCGUCAAUUUCUUCGCGAUGAUUGACAGUAGCUGUUUGAUUGGUUGUUGUGCCGAGUGGCGCACAGUAUGUAUAUAAUUAUACUUUGCUUAAUUUUAGUUCAUUUCUUAAAUCACUCUUACAACUCCAAGAGGGUAGUCAAAAUCGUCUUCAAAGAUUGUAUUGAUUCCCGUUCGGAUGGUUUUUUUUUUGGUUAAAGGAUCAAUGAACUACCUAUGAGAUGGCAAAAGUGCAUAGAUAAUAACGGCUCUUACUUUAAUUAUAAGGUAUAUUUAUAAUAAAAAUAGGCGUAUAUUUAAAAAAUAUUCGACAUUUUGUUCCAAUACCAAACGCCAAUUUCAUAUAUAUGGACCUAAUGGAAGAAAUCUGAAUGGCCAUGUAGCGAAUCCAAUUGUUUGCAAACUCCAUUUUCUCCAGGGACCAUCUCUGCAUCAUUGUUUGUGGUUUUAAUGAAGAUAAAAUAUUCCAGUCGAAAUGUUUCACAAAAGUUUUAUAUUAAAUUUAUGUCUUAAAAUUUUGAGUAAAAAUUUCUACUCUAAAUUAUUUAACAUCUUACUAUUUUGUUUUUGUUAAAAAAUAUUUUCGUAACCCCAAAUAAUUACCAUUAAUGUUUAUUUAUAUAUGUAAAAUUAAUGGACCAUCGUGUAUUUAUAAUUAUCCUAUGCCUUUUAGUAAAAUGUACAUAUAAAGUUAUAUCAAUACCUAUUAGCGGUUAAGGCGAUACAGACGAAAUUAUCUAAAGUUGUUUCAUCUUAUAUAAAAUAAAAAAUAUAUCUUGAAGUAAAAUUUCAUAUAAUUUACUAAUGAAGUGAGAUAUUUUCAAAACAUUAUACAAAAUAUUUCAAUAUUUUCAAACAUCAUUGAAAUUAAUUAAAUAAACAAAAAUAGUAAAAAAUAGUUUUUGAAAAUAUCUAACCAUAGAUUGUAUUAAAAUAUAUUUAAAGCACAUAUUUUGUUUAAUUAUAAUCAGAUCACUUAGAUUCAAAUUACCUAAUAAUCACAUGGCACAAUGAUUUGAAAUACAUCGCUACUACAACUAGAAAAUCUAAUUACACGUACUUUCCAAUAAUAUUUUCAAUCAGGUUACUAUAUCGGUAAAAAUAAAAAUACGCCCAUAUUACCAAUCAAAUUUAUUUUAAAAUUAUACAAAUAGAAAAAAAAAUAUUGCGACAUUUAGAUACAAAUAAUGUUUUUUUUUUAUAAUUUUGUUUUAUCAUGUUUUUUUUACUUGGAAUUGUACGUGUGUUGGACAUUUAAGAUAAUCAAAAUCAUUUCUAAAUAUAUUUAUAAUAAAUAAGAAUUUUAAUAGUAGGCCUAAAUCAUCGUAGACAUUAAACGUAACUAUUAAUAAAAAAAAACUUAAAUAUGUAUAAAAUUUUAAAAUAAAAUAAAGGCACGUCCAAGCAGUUCAAAAUUAAAAUAAUUAAGCGAAAACAACUUAUUUGAAAAUGAAAUAAAUACCUUUUUCAAAAUAAAAUUUUGAAAAGUUGUAUUUUUUUUUAUUUUCAAAUAUCAUCGCUUUGGAUAAAAUAUGACUUGUAAUAAGUGUCAAAAAUUUUAAAUAUAAGAUUUAGCUAAAUGUUUGAUCAAAAUUAAAUUUAAAUGUAAAUAUAUGGUAAUGCUUGGAAACCUCGUCUGUUGUUUGUGAUAAUCUAGGUAGAAGAAUUUUGCGAUAUAUCUAAAGUUAUACACAAUAUUGAGUUUAAGAUUUUUAAUUUUAUUAAGUAUGGUCGAUAAGUUUCUAAUGAUUUCCUAUUAUAGAUAUAAAUCGUUGUGUUUUUUAUUAUUUUUCUUUUUAAUCUUAAAAGAAUGAACACCAAUGGAAAUAGAAUCAAGUAGAUUUAUCGAUACUUCAUGAAAUAAACUGACUAAUGACAAUGUACUUAAGUUACGGCAGUAUUAUAGUUAUUUACAAUAUUAUUUGUAAAUAGUUAAUUUAUGUAUAAAUUAAUAUAGUUUCAUUAUGUCUUCCAAAGUGGAAAUUCGAUGCUUUUUAUUUUAAAAUAUUUAAACGUUGAUGAUUUUAAGCAUUUGUAUAAGUCCUUGAAAGUGUAUAAUUAUUUGAAAAAUGUAUUUUUUUUUUUCAAAUUGUUGGUAUGACUACUUCUCUGACUAUGUUUGAAUUUUUUUUUGCAGUGUGCACUGAAAUCGAAAGUAGU